AUGACGAAGUCUCUGGGAAAACUGUCUUUUGAUCAGCUGCAGAAAGGGAACCUGAUCUUCUAUGAAUCCGACCUCAGAGUGUGGCAUCGAUAUCAGAGCAGCCUCUCAGGAGUGUUCACGCAGAUCUUCAGAGAGGAGAGAGGACUGGACCAGGACCAGGUGUUCUGCUUCGUCCAUCUGAGUGUUCAGGAGUUUCUGGCUGCUCUUCAUGUCCAUCUGACCUUCAUCAACUCUGGUGUCAACCUGCUGGCAGAAGAACAAACAACCUCCCGUCGGUCUGAAGUCUCUAGAGACAAACCUGAACCAAGACAUCUCUACCAGAGUGCUGUGGACAAGGCCCUACGGAGUCCAAAUGGACACCUGGACUUGUUCCUCCGCUUCCUUCUGGGUCUUUCCCUGGAGACCAAUCAGACUCUCCUACGAGGUCUGCUGCCACAGACAGGAAGUAGCUCACUGACCAAUCAGAGAACAGGCCAGUACAUCAAGAGGAUGAUCAGUGAGAAUGUGUCUCCAGAGAAAAGCAUCAAUCUGUUCCACUGUCUGAAUGAACUGAACGAUGGUUCUCUGGUGGAGGAGAUCCAACAGUCCCUGAGAUCAGGACGUCUCUCCACAGAUGAACUGUCUCCUGCUCAGUGGUCAGCUCUGGUCUUCAUCUUACUGUCAUCAGGAAAAGAUCUGGAGGUGUUUGACCUGAAGGAAUACUCUGCUUCAGAGGAGGCUCUUCUGAGGCUGCUGCCGGUGGUCAAAGCCUCCAACAAAGCUGUACUGAGUGGCUGUAACCUCUCAGAGAGAAGCUGUGGAGCUCUGUCCUCAGUCCUCAGCUCCCAGUCCUCCAGUCUGAGAGACCUGGACCUGAGCAACAACAACCUGCAGGAUUCAGGACUGAAGCUGCGGUCUGCUGGACUGGAGAGUCCACAAUGGAGACUGGACUCUCUCAGGUAUGAAGAGGCCUGCUGCAGCUGCAUCAGUCUGAUAGAGGAGGUAGAGCUGGAAACCUGUUAA